CGAAUGGAGCUGCCUUCGACGCCCCCAUGGCUUCCUUCUCCCGCGGAGGGCGACGGCGACUCCCCUCGCUCGGCCCUGGAGCGCCACUGGCUGCGGGAAGCGAGAGACUUCGUCCGCCGGGCGCUUCUCGGCUGCGGGCGGAGCGAGGAGCCGGCGGCAGCGAAGGCGGAGGACGCGGAAGUCACCCUCUGGCGGCACUUGAGCCGCGCGCUGAGGCAUUGCGGAGGGGGCCGGGGGCUGCCGCUGGGCUACCGCCUUAUCUCCAUCUCGGAACUUCAGUCCCAGCAACGUCAGCCGUGCUUCAGUCACUGGAUGUGGAGCAGCGACGAAUUCAGGAAAUGGGCUUGUGACAGCAAAAGCCUCUUUCCCGGCGAGGAAGUUUUGCAACGUGCUCACUUGAUACUCGUUGGUUACCUGACAGAUGAGGGGAAGGACGGCGUAACUAAUGGUAGCUUGUAUGUACGAGACGAUACUGGAGUACUGCCCUGUGAGGUCCUGACUUUUAAACUGGAAUGGCUAGAAACUCUUCUGCUGUUCCCCAGUUGGACGUACAUCCCCCAAAAGGGCCCGAACGGAGCUGGAUACUUGGAGAUCCUAGCCGAUCCAGUCCAAGUGAUGCCUGGUCCAGAGAAGAAGAUUGAUACCCCCCCUGUCCUCGAUUCAGGGCAAGCUGCAGAGCUCCUCAAUGCCAGGGCUCAGUGUAAGAAGGUGGCAGAGCUGAACGUGGCAGGGGAGCUCUCCAGGCUCAGCAGGGUCCUCUGCAUCCAUCACAAAGUCUUCUUCUUCCUCUUCUUGAAGAGCUUCAGGUCCGACACCUGCGUCCCAGUCUUGGUGCAGCCUCCUCAUUUGGUUUGGCACCAUGUCCUGCAGCUGGAGCAAGGGUACGUGGUGACUGCUCUGAAAGUAUCUUCCCUCAAAGCUUCGGGAUUGAGAGUGUUUGUCACCAACUCUUCCUCGCAUCUUUUACCAUACCAUACGGAACGUGUGGCAGAGGAAUUUAUGGACAGUACUUCAGAGGGAAGUUCAAUUUUGGCUGCUUCCCCAGUCGCCUGCCUGCCGCUCAGCAGCUCAGUGGAGCUGGGAGAGGAAGUCAAGACGCUGGUUCCAGUUAAGAAGUCCAAGGUGAUCUCUUAUGCGGGCACUAUCACCCAAGUCUUGAAUGCUCAAGCCAGCCUCUACGAACUGGACAAGAAGUUCACCCUUUGCCUUGCUUAUCAGCAGCAGUUGAAUUCCGGCCGCGGGCUCCGACCAGGUGCAUGUGUGGAGCUCAGAGACAUCCACCUUCUGCAGAAGCCCUUGGCUGCUUUCCCCUUUGUCCUUGGAGCCUGCCUGCGCACUUCCCUCGUGAUCAGGAGUUUUUCCAAGCUGAGCACAUUGCACCAGCCGGUAGCCUCCGGUGGGAAUCUCUAUCUGCAGCUGCUCUUGCGUUACAACUUGACUGUGCCGCUGUAUUUGUGUCUGGUCAGCUUGCUGGAGACGUUGGAGCUUAGGUUCAGUGGUUUCAUUCGACGGCAGCAGCUGUUGCUCUGUUCCAGCCACGGUGCUGCAGGGGCAGCUGAGAAAUUUAUUGUUCCUGUUCUGGAUUCUUUGAUGCCAUCCAGGAAACAAGCGAGAGACCUUCACCGGGAGAUCCUGGCAGAAAGGCACCACUGUCCCCUGGAGCAGUAUCGGACUCUGGAACCUCCCUGCCAGAUUCCGUCUUUCUCUUUGCUGUUCCCCAUGGUCGAGGAGAGAUGUCUGGAAGGUUUUAGUCCUUUGCGUCUGAUGAGCUGUGCCCCAGAGGUCCAGCACGUCGGUGCCCAAGAGCUGAAUCGUAAACUGGCCUGGUCCCACCGCACGUUAUCGGCUGAGAGCUUUAAACCCCGAUUGGUGCUACUUGGAAUGCUGAGAGCCUCUUCCGGUGGUGGCUUCCUCCAGUUACGAGACAGCACAAAAGCACUUCCUUGCACAGUAUUCCAUAGAGAUGGCCGGCCUUUUGCGGAUACCUCUCUGAUAGGGUGUCUUCUGCAGAUAGAGGCAUUCCAGCUUGUGAUGGAGCAGUUUCUUCAAAGUGAUUUUCCUUCCUGGCAGGAGCUGGAGUCCCCAGAGUACGUAAAGGAGAAGAAAACGAGGCUUUACGCUCAGUUCUGCGUUGAGGACGUGAAGGUUCUUCAUUCUCCUGAAAAAAGAGGUCCCGGGGAUCCCAUUGUCCCCAAAGAGACCUCUUCUGUGGCAAAGGACAACGAAAGCUCCGGAGCUGAGCCCAGAUCUCCGGACGGGAACCUAGCAAACCCAGAAAGGGCUAAAAGAGCAGCAAACGCUCUUGAACCUCCUGAGGGCGUUGCUGGGGAAGCCGGGGCUACAUCCCGUCUCUUUUUGGUGACUCAGAAGGAGGGUCUGAUGCGGCGCAACUAUCUGCAGGCUUCGGAAGGCGAAGGCGAAGGUGACCAAGUGCAGCAGCUCUGUUUCCAAGCCACCGCGUUGUGGAUGAGCAAACCGGAGCAGUGCAGGGGAGAAGCUGAGGGCCAAAAGGGGCUCAGUGCCACUGCGAUUGGAGAACCUGGCGGAGCCCGGACAGAUGUAUUGCUGCUGUUCCUGGGAAAAGCAAUCCGAUGGUUCCCGGUCCUGCACCCGGGUGGACUGUACCAGCUUAUCAUACCCCAGUGCUCGGGCCUAGAUAUUUUUGACAAAUCGUGCCUCCCGGUGGGACCAGGAAACCUCUCAAACAUGAAGAAUUGCUCCUUAUUUUUCCCUGUUCCAGAAACUGCCUACCUGCACCACGUGAGCUGGAUGUCUGAGAUGACUCCAGAAGCAUCCGAGGUGGGACAGAAACUAUUCUCCAUUGAAGAGAUACUCGGCCCUAGUUUCACAGGAUCCCUGGUCUCUUUCUCUGGCGUAAUAAGCGAGAGGGCUCUGUGCGAAUCUCGUACUGGAAAGAAGCCAGUCGCAUCUUGCUCUGACAAGCUGCAGCAGAAAGGGAAUUUCUUGCCCUGGGAUUACACUGUGAAGCUGAGCGUAUUGCCUGCAUGCGGUCUCUCCGCUGGGUUGGACGUGUACGUCGAAGCCGCUUUCCUGCCUUGCCUUUGGGGCGCGCUCCCCGGAGCCAAGAUUCUCUUCCACAACUUGCAGCGCAAGGUUUCCAGGUUCAGAAAUGUAUAUUGCACUUACGUGGCCUCCAGCUGCGUGAGUGUUCUGAGCUCCCCGCCUCUCCCCUCUCCUUCCAGGCCUAUCGAUGGCACUUCUAAUCUCCCGGCGAUGUACCUGGCUCAGAUGCAGCCUCAGUCUCCCAGUCUGUGCCAGUUGCGGGUCACCUGCCACGUGACGUGCGUCCUGAGUUUGUCCUUGAGCUGGACUUGCUCUCUCUGCGACAGCAUCAUCAAAGAGGGAAGAUGUGGCCAACACAAUCCACCAUGCUCGUCCUCUACUGGAGUGAUUAAAGCUAAUGCCAGGAUUUUAGUCGAAGACGGGACGGGCGAGGCUGUGGUGUCGUGCAGGAACCAGCAGGUGUGCGGAGUGUUGAAUCUGAACCCCAAGGAGUGGGAUGUCGUGCAGGCCCACGUCCGGAGGAAAGGCUUGGUCAGCUUGCGGCAUAACGAGAGCAGCGGCGGGCCUGGGUGCACGGAAGACCCUGAAGGCUUGCUGACGCGGUACUUGAGAAGCCUGUGCAGAAGUCCUGCGGUCCUUCGGUCUCUUGUGCUGGAAGCCAGACUGGAUAGAAGGCCUCCCGAGGCAGGCUCAGGACAGAUGAGAAGGUUUGUUUCUAACGAAGUGGCCUUCCUAACCCAGAUGAGGAGUCGACUCAACUUGAUAUGUCUGAGCAUCCGUGAAGCCACCUGAGUCACGGGAAAGGGGAAAAAGCACCUUGCCUUGUGUCGGGCAUCCAGUGUCUACGCUCCAGGCCUUGUAUCGGACAUCCGGCAUCUACAUUCUCUGGACCAGCUUCAGAAGAUGAAACGUCUGCUGCUUUUGUGUGCCUUAACAGGAGACUCUUCCGUGAAAAGCUCCUAUCACUGCAGUGUUUUGGAUCGAGAGCUGAGUUGCAGCCAGAAGAGCUGGGUCCAAAGAGAGGGCUGCCCACCUAAUUUUCAGAGCUGGUUGUGCCUGGACUGUACUAUGUAAGAAUGCAAGUGGAGACUGACGUUAUUGCAUGUUCCUCUAAAGCGAGAAGAAUCCGUUCACACAGAAGAUGAGUUAUGUCGGGGCAAAGGCCGAGAUAGCAGAGGUCUCCUUGACGUAUCCCGCUUGCAGUUUUGCACAGAGGAGCACCGAAGAAGGCAAGUGUCUGCCGGCAGCUCAAAGUGGUACAGUCCAGGGAGGAUAUCUUUCCUUUCUACUUGGCGAAGCAUGUGACUGAUGCACUCAGGGAACAAAAUAAAGCUUUCUCUGAUAAUCUC